UCGCAAGUUACAAGUAAGGAUGACAAUGGGUAGGGUCGGGUGCGGGUUUACCCUAUACCAACUCCAAACCCGCCAGGUAGAGCCUUCUAAAAUAUCCGACCAAAUAACCACCUGGUAUGAAAAUUAUAUAACCAUACCCUACCCACCGGGUAACCACGGGUAUUCGGGUAACCAUGGGUACGAAUCCUAAACUAUGAACUUAUACACAUAUAUGCACAUACAUACUUUUGUCUAUUAAAAAUUCUCAAUACUUGUAACUGUUCUAGCUUCAACAAUCCACACAAAUAAAAACAGCAAACACAUAAUAAUUGAUCUUGCUUCUACAAUCCACACAAACAUAAUAAUCUUCUACAUCUUCAUCAUCAAUAAUGGUAGCUAAACUCAAUUUCUCAAGCUAAACUAAAUUUCUCAAGGGAAAUUGACCAUUUGGUUAGCGGGCGGGUAUAACGGGCGGGUAUUAUCGAUUACCAUAUCCGUACCCUACCCUUUAUUUUGAAACCGGGUAUUACCCGCACUCACCCCUUAACCCGUCAAAGCGGAUAAUUACCUUCGUUAACCGGUUACGAUCGGGUAGAAUACCCAUGAUUACGGGUUGGAUUGACAUCCCUAGUUACAAGUCACAAAUUAGAAGCAACAUAUCAUAAGUGGAGUGAAUGAAACCAGAGAGAGAGACGUGGUCAUUCUCUUUGCCCUUCAUUAGAUUACACACCAUAUCCACACACCACCCUCUCCUCAAAUCCACUCAUCCAACACUCUGUUUUCCUUCUAAAACCCUCAAUUUUCAUUUCUUUCUCUUUUGUGAAGAACAAAAAAACGAACAGAGCUCCCUGUUUCUUGCUUACACCCCCUACUUCUUCACCACACAAAAACUCCCAGGAGGACAGAAAAGGAAAGAGGGGAACAAAAGAGAGCUCAAGGAGACGAAAAAUUCCAGCCAGAAACCCACAUAAGCAGCAACUCCAAUGGCGUCUCAAGCAAUGCUCUUCUCUUCAGGGGUUUCCACAAGGCCAGCAGUGGAUUUGAAGAGGGACUCAAUGCUUCAGUUUCAGCAGCUCCACCAAAGUUUAGUGAAGCCCAGCUCAUUCGCUUCUCAUCUCGUCUACAGCCCACUCCCUUCUUCUUCCAGAUCGCUCUCCACUGUCGCUCUAUUCAAAUCCAAAACCAAGGCUGUCCCGAAGAAGGCUCCUCCACCGAAGCCCAAAGUUGAGGACGGUAUCUUUGGGACAUCCGGAGGUAUUGGUUUCACCAAGCAGAAUGAGCUCUUCGUUGGACGCGUCGCCAUGAUUGGCUUUGCUGCAUCUUUGCUAGGGGAAGCUGUAACAGGGAAGGGAAUUCUAUCCCAGCUGAACCUGGAAACCGGAAUCCCAAUUUACGAAGCCGAGCCGCUCCUCCUGUUCUUCAUCCUCUUCACCCUGUUGGGCGCCAUUGGAGCUCUGGGUGACAGAGGACGCUUCGUCGACGAAGAGGCCACAGGGCUCGACAAGGCCGUCAUCCCCCCUGGCAAAAGCUUCAGGGCCACAUUGGGCCUUCCCGAAGGAGGGCCGCUGUUCGGAUUCACGAAGGCGAACGAGCUGUUCGUGGGGAGAUUGGCGCAGCUGGGGAUUGCCUUCUCGCUGAUCGGAGAAGUGAUAACGGGGAAGGGAGCUCUGGCGCAGCUGAACAUCGAGACCGGGAUCCCGAUCAACGAGAUCGAGCCGUUGGUGUUGUUCAAUGUCUUGUUCUUCUUCAUUGCCGCGUUGAACCCUGGCACUGGCAAGUUCGUUACCGAUGAAGGCGAAGAUUAGAGUUUUUUAAAUUAGUGGGUUCGUCGCUGUCUUAACCUUUCGGUUUUGUUGCUGUAGUAAUUUUCCCGGUAAAGAUGAAUAUGUUCUUAUUCUCAAGAACCAGUUGUGCUUAACAAAUGGGGGUCACCGGGAAUCGAACACAAGAACUCUCAGUCACAGAAGGCUUUGAUACAAUCUCAAGAACCAGUUGAUCCCAAUAACUCGAAUUGUUGGGAGAUGUACAAUCGUAAUCAUAUACCACAGUACUAACACGUAUAACCCUUCACCAUGCAUGUACGUAAUUUUACCUUUCCUUUAACGCAAUCGUGAAGAAGAAAUUGGUGCAGGUAUGAGAAGUUUGAGAAGGCUCUUCGCCCUCUUCCAGCAGUUAUAUUAGCUUUAGCAAAGGGUUUUGGGAUAGAAUGCUCAAUUAAGCUAUCCAGUGAUAUUGGCUCAGUAACUAAAUCUAGAUCAUUUAUUCAGAAAAUCGAAAUUUAAGAGUGUUGAAUUAAAGACAUUUUUAUUUUCCCUUGUAUUUUUAAUUGAUGCAUAUCUUCUUAGUUUUAACUUGAAUUUCAAUUUUUUUUUUUUGCACAGAUGGAACGAGUACGUUGUGCUUUACAAAAUGAGAUCUAUUUUCAAUAUUUUUUUAGGAAAAAAAUUUCUUGCCUCUCGUUACCAACUGCAUACCAUAUGUAUCUUCUUCGUUUUGAAGUCGUUUUUGAAUUUUUUUGCACAAAAGGAACGCGUUCAUCAUGAUCUAUUGAAUCUACAAAUUUAUGGGUGAACAAAAUACAGGAACAAAAAAUACCACACAAUACAAUACCACCUUGGUACGAGAUUGUAUCUUGUGGUACACAAAAUUGGAAGUCGUAAAUGACAAUUUGUAUACUCCUACUAUCAUGUAUUCAACCAUCCUACAGUCAUGGUAUGUUCAUAUCACCAUGGUACGCUUUUCAUACCAUAUGAUAUGCUCUUAUUUCAAUACCAGUCAAUACCAUAUGGUAUAGACUGGUAAAAAUUGGCUCAUUUUUUUUUUGUUCCAAAAAUAUAUCAAAGUGAAUAUCAUUUUGAAGAGCACAAAUAAUCUGAUCUAACUGUGCAAAAAAAAAAAAAAAAAAUUCGACUUAAAACGAGUGAGAAAUAGUCCGUUAAAGAUCAAGGGAAAAAAUUAAAGAGUUUUCAGAAAAGAAAAAGGGUGCUAAUGUGGCGGAUACUGAUUGGGUUAAUCAUAUUUAUUGACGACAAGAUUAUGCACGGCUGAAGAUUAGGUUAAUCAAUUUUGCCAAAAUACUAACAAUCAUUUUUUUUAAUCGUACUAAAAAGUACAUGCGAUAGUGAUAUGCGGUCACAUCACGUCCGUUAGAUAAACACGGUGUAUUUACAUAAUCAAGACGACAUGGAUUCAACGGUACACAUUGUAUUUACAUAAUCAACACUGCAUGGAUUCAACGGUCGCGAUUAAUCGGUAUACGAUUCAUCGACCUUCGACCCCGUGCUCAUAUGUAGGGUUGGCAACAAAAUCCGAACCCACGGGUACCCAUUCGACCCAACCUGAUCAACGCGGGUAAAACCCUUGUUGAUGGAUUUUGGGUCGGGUUUGGGUUUAAACCUGCUAUACUAUUCACUGGGUUGGGUUGGGUUUGGUUAGGUAAACCCGCCCCAUGGGUACCCGCUCACACACAUAAUUACUUUCACGGUAUAUUUAAUAUUCUAAAUAAUAUAUCUUGAAUAUAUCUUCCUUAAACAACUAAUAUUCUUUAUGUUUGUGGAGACAUGUAUAAUUUGUUCUUUCUAAUUGUUUAGAAUGAAGUUGAUAUUAUGGAGUGGAGAGUGAAGAAACUUAGUUGACGCACAAGAAGCUCUCAAUUAAUCUUACUGUUGAUAGAUGUUUAUCUUUAAUUUUGAACAAUUUGUAUUGAUCAUUUUGCGGUUUGCUUGUAUGCUCUAGAUUGGUGUUUUUUGUAUGAAUAAUUUGUAUGAGAAAAU